CAGCGGAGGUUUCAAACCCACUGGAUGCUGUAGUGAGAGCUCAAGACUGUGCUUUUAAAUCAGUAGAUGCCAGCAGAGAGAGAUGACAAUGACAAGGGACAAACACAGUUGUAUUGGGCAACGCUUCACAUCGCCAUGAAACCCGCUUCAUGUUACCAUUACUUGCUUUCGAUUCCCUGCAUCCUGCAGCUCGGACCACUCACUUUAAACGGCUAAAGGAGGCUGGUCUCCGCUAACUGUCAGUCCUGAUAUUACCAUCUGGACCUGGUGAUAUGAGAGGCUCCGGGAGACGGUGAUGGAGCUCCAGGAGUUGGGCUGGCUGUGUCUGGUGGGUCUCUUCCUAGCCUCCUUGCUCAUUGUGCUGGCAUGGCUGCUCCAGUACUCUCUGACCGUAUUGCGGCUGUGGAGAGCCAAGAGGACAGCCAAGCUGGGCAGAGGAGGAGCAGCCCGGCUGCAGCUCACCCCCUCGCAGCUCCACCAGAGCCAGGCUGCAGGUGUGUGGGGCUUCCUGCUGAAGAUUUGCUCAGGCCGGGGAGGAGGACCAGCAUCUGAGGCCGGGGUUAAAGGCUUGCUGACCUCCCUGUUCUCCUUUAAGUCCUUCAGGGAGCACUGGCAGAGAACCUGGGUCAAUGCUCUUAAUGAGCAAGCUUGCAGGCAUGGGAGCUCCAUCCAGAUCACUUUUGACAGCAGUCUCCAGUUUACUGCUGCCUCCGCAAUAGAUAGCGUGACCUGCACUGACCAGUCAUCACACCGUAUGGUUUUACACUGUAAAUGUAAGGUGGACACAGUGACAUUUCCUGUGACGGUCACCCAGCAGUCACCAGCUGCCGUUUCCAUGGAUACUUACCAGAUCAAUAUAGCACCUAUGGAGGCAAAGGUGGUUGUGUGUCUGGAAGAGGUGGAGGACGAGGGACUGCUGAUGUCUUGGACUCUUUCCAAACAGCCAUCAUUUAUUCUGACCUUGUCGCCAUGCAAGCUGCAGAGACAGAGCACUGAGGGUGAGGCAGACCUGGACAUGAUUAAAGAACUGAUAGAGGAUACUCUAUUCAGCACUCAGCCAGCCAUGGUCCUCAACCUCAAGACUUGUGCUUCCAGUCCUUUGGCUCCCAUGGAUCAUCUAUCGGUGGGAUUAAACUCUGUACCCCAGAGCGUCUUGGUGCGACGCCUGCUGCUUCGGCAGCUCAGGGCAACCUUAAGUAAAGGUCAGAUAUAUUCUCUCAGCUUUAGAUCAUUUCAGUCUGCCGAGGUCUCACUGUGUCUUGAUGUGUUUGCAGGUCAGGGGUCUAGAUCGGGGGAGCUGUGCUGCGUCCUGAGCCUGGACCAACCUUCCACAGAAAGGACAACCUGCUUCCUGUCUGCGCCCAGCAACCCGAACAUCCCAUUGGAAUGGAGUGAAGAAAUGACUCUGGAGCUGAGCCCAGAAACCAAAGAGCUGAGAAUAAGACUUCUGGAGAGGAACGGUAGAAAGGAACAGUUCCUGCAUGGUCACGCCUCCAUAGCCUUGGACCUCCAGCACAAAGUUCCUACCGGACAACAUACACUGUCAAUAAGCCCCGGACACGGCCUGGCGCCAAACGCUACCAUCACAGCAGAGGUUCUGUAUGUGGAAACAGAGGAACCUCGCACACUUAAUGCUUUGCCACUUCGUUCCUCGCUCACCCCUACCAAGAAAGUCGACGUGGACCGAACCAUCAUGCCAGAUGGAACCAUCGUCACUACUGUGACCACUGUCCAGUCUCGACUGAAAUUGGAACGCAGUCCAGGUGAUUCCCCUAUGUGUUCCCCCUCCAAAGUGGAAGUGACCGAGAAGAAACCCACCAUCCUAUCUGACAGCAGAGGCAGCAGCAGCCCCAAUCCCAGCAUGGGCAGCCGCCUUUCGAAUGGCCUGGAUCCUGUUGCAGAGACAGCCAUCCGCCAGCUGACAGAGUCCGCGUCCAAAGUAGCGCGGAAGACACCAACAAAAAGGAGCACACUGAUCAUCUCGGGUGUGUCAAAGGUUCCGCUCUCAGAAGAUGACUGUGCAUUAUCAAGCGGCUACGCUGCAGCCAUGGACGCAGCCAUGCAUGGCAACCAUUACGGGGCGGGGCAUCACCAGGACCCGGAUGAAACAACACCCUCUGAUGUGUCAGAGCGGCCAUCUGUGGAUGAUGUGGAAUCAGAUACUGGUUCCACUGGUGCCUUGGAGACCCGCAGCCUCAAAGACCAUAAAGUGGGCUUCCUUCAGAGUGGAACGAAGCUGUUGUUCCGCAGACGACAUCGAGAGAAGGAGUCCUGCCUCAGCCAAUCACAUGAAGACAUCUCCAACAUGGGCAAUAACUUUGCUGCUGUGGCAACCAGCAGCCGUAAAAAGUCUGGCAGCUUCUCUCGGCGUCUCAUCAAACGCUUCUCUUUCCGUUCAUCAGGCAAAUCAAAAGGCAAAACCACUGGUACCAAUGGAGGAACCAGUUCACUGGAUAACUGAUUACCAUUGCUGGGGUAGGACUUGCGUGACCCUGCUAUAACUGUCAGAAGAACAACUAAACAUUUACAAGAUACCAGUCUUUGACAGGUUGAAAUCCCCAGGUGGGCUGUCGCCUGUACAUCUCAAAAGGAGGAUACCUCUGGGAGGGCUUUCCUCUGGAGAGAAAUGAUUGCACCUUCAGUACAGAAGUUAGGCUUAAUUACAUUGAAGUUGAAAAAUGAUUAUGAAGCUUAUUUCUAUAAAGGAAUCUGCUGCUUGGUGUGGAGAGAUGCUUUGCAUUUGAACACAAACUAUAGUUUUAUUGUGACUGAUGGUUGAAAUACUAUAAAACUAUUUCAUGAUAUAGAAUUGUAGUAUGAUGCUAAUGGUCGCAUUUUGGACUUUUACUUUUUUUUUUUUAACAGCACAUGUAAAAUCCCUGGGUUGUAUAAAGGUAAUUUAUUAUUAUGUGGUUCUCAUGAAACAAGUGCUAUUUAUUUUACUUAAAAACUGAGUCAUCAUAUUUGCAUUACACUGUAAAAUAGACAUUGCUGUGUUUUUCCAUGCGGAGGUAAUUUUAAACACAUAGUUUAAGCUAACAAUAAAAAACACUCUUAAUCUAGUUAUGUCCAUUCAUAAUUGCUUAUACAUGAGUUUAGAAUGUUGUUCAAUGUUGUAUCUUAAAAGAAGCAGAAAAAGAUGAUUUAUUGUACUUUUUAUUUUACAAAAGUGCUUUCUGUGAAAUAUCAUUGAAAUUUCAGUUUGCCUAUGAAACUUCAACCCUCUCUUCAAAAUAAGUCAGACUUGUCAUUAAAACAACAAAUCAGAUCAUCAGUGUCAAUGUAAUACAAACUGAAGGAUUUCUAGCAGACUUUUCUGGGCAGAGUUUAAAAUUCAAUUUUGACAGUGUUGAAUUUUGACAACAAAAAAACAUGUUCAGGUCCUGCUGUCGUUCAUUCUAUUAUUCACUCCAAUUAAUUCAAAAGUGCAUUUGGAUACAUUAUUAAGACUUAAGCAUACUUGUAUGGACAUUAAAUUAUUGCAAUAUCCAUCAGUACUGUGCAGCAAGAUUGCAUCUAUUGUGCUUUCAUAUAAAAUGCCUCGCAUUGCUUGCAGGCAAAAUCAUACCAAAAAUUAGAUCAUGUAUUAACAUUUACAGCAUUAUUUAUCCAUUUUGAAAUUGUAAGUUUCACAUCAAUGGUAAUAUCACAGCAAAGCUGUAGUUUAGAUUGGAAGAAAUUCAACUAUGAAGUCACAAGGAAGUAUUUAGAAAUGCUUCAGGAGCAAAGGAUUGACAUUUAUUCAAAGUUUGCGACACAGUGAUGUGUGGAGUGGACAUACUCAGGGCUGGAUAUGAUUGACAUGAUACCGGAGCUAAGAUUCAAAGUAAUGUGUUGCAUCCUUUAAAGGCAAAAUAAUAGAUGCAGAAUGUAAAAAUGUACAUAUGUUUGUGUUAUGUUAGAGAACACAAAAAACCUUUUAACUUACUGCAAGAAAAAAAACGUUUAACAACUGCAUUCAUUGUGUGACUUCAGAACAACCAAAUUAAGUUAUUUUGAUUACAUUUUCAGGUUUAUUCUGCAUCAUGAAAAGGAUAUCUAUUAAAAUGGGUAACAGAGGU